AUCUUGUCGCGCCGCCGCUCCCCACUUCCCCAUCGGAGGCAAUACCGCAUCCUCAAUCGCCGCCAGCCUCAAUCGAGAGUUCCAACCGCGCCGACCCCCGUUCUCCUCCCAAUCCCCACAAUGGCAGCAUCGCAGAGUUCAUUAUCGAGGGUGCCGUCGAGGUGCACAGAGACGGCGCAGGCCACGGUCGCGUUCGAGAUCGCCGGCUACAGCCUGCAUAAGGGCCUCGAUAGAGGAAAAUACCUCCGUUCCCCGGUGUUCUCCAUUGGCGGCUACGACUGGUGCAUCCAGUACUACCCGGACGGAAAAAACAAGGACUAUGAAGGUUACGUUUCUGUCUUCCUCGAGCUCCUAACCAAGAACGCUGAGGCGACGACGCUCUACGACUGGAUGCUUGUGGAGCUGGUUAUGGGGAGGUCGAAUGUGGUGCAGUACGGCAAAGAGCCACGGGUGUUUAACCGUCAAAAGUCAGCUUGGGGCAUACCAAAGUUCAUGCAGACCACUGCUGAAACAGAGUUGAUAUAUGAGAGAAAUCAAUGCUUGGUUUUAGAGAUAUGCCGUAACAUCAGUGUCAUCAAGGAAACACUUGAGAUUGAUUUGCCGCCCUCCGACCUUUUGGAUAAUCUUGCAAUAUUUCUAGAGGGGAAGAAGGGAGCGGACGUGACUUUCAAGGUGCAAGGGGAGGUUUUUCCAGCUCAUAAGAAUUUGCUUGCGAUGCGAUCGGCGGUCUUUGAUGCGGAGUUCUACGGGCCGAUGGCGGACAAAGGGGCGCAGGACAUAACUAUUGACGACAUGCAGCCUGCUGUUUUCAAGGCAUUUCUUCACUUCAUCUACACGGAUUCAUUGCCUUCCAUGGACGAUCUUGAGGAUGAUGACAAAAGAGAAAUGUUUAAGCACUUACUCAUGGCUGCAGACAAGUAUGCGACGGGAAGAAUGAAGAUGAUAUGUGAAGGGAUGCUAUGCAAGUGUCUUGACGUUGAGACCGUGGCGACCAUCUUAGCUCUAGCUGACCAGCAUCAUUGCAGCAACCUGAAGAAUGCUUGCAUUGAAUUUAUGUUCUCUUCGAAUAAAAUGGAUGAUGUGAUCGCAAGCCAAGGGUAUCUGCACCUCAAAAGAUCUUUUCCUGGUCUUUUUGUAGAGAUGUUUGAGAGAAGUGUCAAGUCCCGCAAAAUUUAG